AGACCGGAGUUUGACAAUUAGUAGACACGGAAAUUGAAAGCAUGCGAAAUGUGAAAUGUCAAACUAAGUUAAUAUCAAAUUUCAUCAAACAAACAUUCCAGUUUACCACAAAGUAUUUUUCUUUAGGAAGAAUUAACUAUUCGUUAAUGGAGGGUAUCCAAGCUGGUAAGAAAGCUGCAGCCAUAGAGGCUGUCAACAACCAUAUAUUGGACAAUCAGGUGAUAGGAAUAGGGAGUGGAACCACUGUGGUUAGUGCUGUAGAAAGAAUAGCACAGGAGAGCAAAAAAGGAGAAAAUCUGAAGCUUAUUUGUAUACCUACCUCUUUCCAGGCCAAACAGUUGAUUGUUGAUAAUGGAUUGGUUCUUGGCACUUUAGAGCAAUACCCUAAGUUAGAUGUAGCUAUUGAUGGAGCAGAUGAAGUGGAUGCCAACUUGGUGUGUAUAAAGGGCGGAGGUGGAUGUCUAACUCAGGAGAAAAUUGUAGCUAACUGUGCCAAAUCCUUGAUCAUAAUUGCUGAUUCAAGAAAAAAUGUGGAAACUUUGGGAACAACAUGGAAACAAGGCAUUCCAUUAGAGGUGAUAGACAUUGCAUACAGACCUAUACAGCUUCAGAUUGUGGAGCUACUUGGUGGAUCAGCUCAGCUUAGAAUGGGCAAAAGUAAAAUGGGGCCAGUUGUGACAGAUAACGGAAACUUUAUAUUGGACUGGGUAUUUGAUAAACCUGGGAACUGGCAAGAAAUAAACACAAAGUUAAAAAUGAUACCAGGUGUGGUAGAGACAGGCUUGUUUGUAAACAUGGCCAAGAAAGCAUACUUUGGACAGCCAGAUGGAUCUGUGUUGGUGAGGUAGGCAGUAAAGAAACCGGAAAAGUUGCUGCCAUACAGUGUUAAAUCACUUCUUUACUGUGUUCACAUAUAUUUUUGACAGUGUUUCUAUACACAUAAGCUAUAUGUAUUCAAGAUUUGCUCUUUUUUUCAUAUCACAAAUUAAAUAUAUUGUAUAUUUUAUGACUGUGGAAAGUUUCUGAUACAUGUUUCGUGUGUAUUAAGUUUCUGAAAGUAUUUUUUAUGUAAAGUUUGUGAAAAUAUUUUUUUUUGUGUAAAGUUUCUGACAAAUAUUUUUUGUGUAAUGUUUGUGAAAAAUAUUUUUUGUGUAAACUUUUUGAUUAAUAUUUUGUAUAAAGUUUCUGAAAAACAUUUGUUGUGUAAAGUUUUGUCUGAUGUUUAAGAAUGUUGUACAUUAUACAUAUCUCUUGCUUUGAUAUUUACUAAGACUGCAGGUAGCAGCAUUUAUUCCAAUGUCCUUUAUGUGAAUUAGAAUUAUAAGGUACACAUUCUCAGAUAUUUUUAAUUAUCGCUGGAAGAGGUGUCAGCUUAGGUUUUGAAAGGAAACAAAAAAGCACUGAAUAUUUUUUCACAAGUUUAUUUAUUUUACAGCAAGCAUUUUCAGUAUUACAUUGAAAGAAUAUUGAAAGAAUAUCAUCCUGGUUUUAAUCUCUUUGUAAUCUGGUUUGUGCUGUACAUUAUUUAUGAAUCAGUAAACCAAAAUGAAUUGUUACUUGCCCAACAAACUACAAUCCUAACAUAUAUAUGGUUUUGUAUAAAGUUGUUAGAACUUUAAACUACCCAUUUAGCUCAAUAAAUAGGUAGAGCAUUGGAGUGUGAAUCAGAUGACCCAGGUUCGAUUCCCAGACGGUGCUGGUCAAUCUUGCUAAAACUUGUCUUAGUUUUUAGGGGAAAUUUCAACAUACUAACAGUCUGAAUAGCAACAAGUGCAGACCUUUUUUUAGAUACCAUAGAUGUUCAGGCUGAUCUUGGUCAUUAGUUGUUGUAUGAAUCUUAACCAGUAUAAAGGGUUAAAGUAGCUUAUUCUUGUGCUGGUCAAAUGGGUUAUUAAUUUUAUGUAAGAAUGUAAGACACUCUAUACAAAAUCAGCUAGUUUCAACAUUGUUGCAUUGAUAAAUAAUAUCUUUUUUUUUUUCAAACAAAAUUGACAUGCAUUUUUUGUUAGCUCACUUGUCACAAAGUGACAGGGUGAGCUUUUGUGAUUGCUUUUUGUCCGGCGUCCGUCCGUCUGUCGUCCGUCCAUUGUCCGUCCGUAAACUUUUGCUUUAAAUGACAUCUCCUCAUAAACCACUGAGCCAAUUUCAUCCAAACUUCACAGGAAUGUUCCUUUGGUGGUCACCUUUAAAAAUUGUUCAAAGAAUUUAAUUCCAUGCAGAACUCUGGUUGCCAUGGCAACCGAAAGAAAAAUCUUUAAAUAUCUUCUUUUAAACAACCCUAAGAGCUAGAGCUUAGAUAUUUGGCAUGAAACAUCUUCUAAUGAGUGUUUACCAAGUUUGUUCAAAUAAAAGCCCUAGGGUCAAAAUUGGCCCCGCCCCGGGGGGUCAUUGAUUUUCCCUAUAUGCAUAUAGUAAAAACUUAAAAAAUCUUCUUUUAAAGAACUGUAAGAGCUAGAUCUGAGAUAUUUGGCAUGAAACAUCUUCUAAUGAGUGUCUACCAAGUUUUUUCAAAUAAAAGCCCUGGGGUCAAAAUUGGCCCCGCCCUGGGGGGUCAUUGAUUUUCCCUAUGCAAAUAGUAAAAACUUAAAAAAUCUUUUAAAGAACCGUCACAGCUAGAGCUUAGAUAUUUGGCAUAAAACAUCUUCUAGUGAAUGUCUACCAAGUUUGUUCAAAUAAAAGCCCUGGGGUCAAAAUUGGCCCCGUCCCGGGGGGUCAUUGAUUUUUCCUAUAUGCAUAUAGUAAAAACUUAAAAAAUCUUCUUUUAAAGAACUGUAAGAGCUAGAGCUUAGAUAUUUGGCAUGAAACAUCUUCUAGUGAAUGUCUAUCAAGUUUGUUCAAAUAAAAGCCCUGGGGUCCAAAUUGGCCCCGCCCCAGGGGGUCAUUUAUUUUCCCUAUAUGCAUAUAUUAAAACUUAAAAAAUCUUCUUUUAAAGAACUGUAAGAGCUAGAGCUUAGAUAUUUGGUAUGAAACAUCUUCUAGUGAAUGUCUACCAAGUUUGUUCAAAUAAAAGCCUUGGGGUCUAAAUUGGCCCGGCCCCGGGGGGUCAUUGAUUUGCCCUAUAUGCAUAUAUUAAAACUUAAAAAAUCUUCUUUUAAAGAACUGUAAGAGCUAGAGCUUAGAUAUUUGGCAUGAAACAUCUUCUAGUGAAUGUCUACCAAGUUUGUUCAAAUAAAAGCCCUGGGGUCAAAAUUGGCCCCGCCCCAGGGGGUCAUUGAUUUUCCCUAUAUGCAUAUAGUAAAAACUUAAAAAAUCUUCUUUUAAAGAACCCAAAGAGCUAGAGCUAAGAUAUUUAGCAUGAGACAUGUUCUAAUGGGUGUCUACCAAGUAUGUUCAAAUAAAAGCCCUGGGGUCAAAACUGGCCCUGCCCCGGGGGUCAUUGAUUUUCCUUAUAUGUGUAUAGCAAAAACUUAAAAAUCUUCUUUGAAAAAACCCAAAUAGCUAGAGUUUAGAUAUUAAGCAUGAAACAUCUUUAAGUAAAUAUCUACAAAGUUUGUUCAAAUAAAAGCCCAGGGGUCAAAACUGGCCCUGCCCGAGGGGUGUCAUUGUUUCUAACUAUAUGUGUAUAGUAAAAACUAAAAAAAUCUUCUUUUAAAAAACCUAAUGAGCUAGAACUUGAAUGUUUUGCAUGAAACAUCUUCUUAUGGGUGUCCACCAAGUCUGUUCAAAUAAACAAAUAAAAGCCCUUGGGUAAAAAUUGGGGGGGGGGGGGGGGGGCUAUAUACAGGUGAGCGACCUCAGGGCCAUCAUGGCCCUCUUGUUGUUAGUAUAACAACUUAAUUUGUUAUUGUCUACAAUUUCUAAAAUGAAAUGAAAGACAAUUUGUAUGUAAAUAAUGUAUUUUUUGGACCAUCAGAUGUAUUUAGAGAGAAAUUUGUGACACCCGAUACAUAUGAUAUUAAUUAAUAUGUUGUAAUAAAUGUGUCCUAUGAAUCACAUAUUACUUUCAAAAGCAUAGCAUUUUUGACAUGGCAAUGCUUAAAAUGCUUGAAAUAAAUUUUCGAGAUUUAUAUGUACCAUUUCAUGAAGAUCUAGACCAAUAACUUGUUUGCAAAAGUUCAGAUCAUUCACUUUUUCCAGAAUAAUUAUUCUAAUUGUUAAAAAUGACCAAAAAUUGAAAAGUGUUGCAAGGUUUUUACACAAAAGAGACUAAUAAUAACAUUAAAGUACUAUUUUCAAUAUAUUUCCGACUAUAUUUCAUAAUUAUUUUUUAAUCAAUUUCUGAUUUAAGUGUCCAAGAAUUUGAAAUUUUAUGAUUUAGGCCUUUGGACCUCAGUGGAGUUUCUUUAAGGUCACAUUGCUGGCUAUACUUAAUAGAGAUCAAAUAUUAUUAUUUUAAAACAAGGACAUUUUUAUUUUAAUGAUAACAAGAUUGUGUAGACAUACAUGGCCCUCACCGCUGUUGGUUCCAAUCCGGAUAGGGACUUUGGAUUCUUUCAUGUGAGGAAGCUAUCCAGCUAGCUGGUGGUUCUACUCAGGUGCCUGUUUGUGCCUAAAAUAAUGGACGAGGUCUUCCCCUACCAGUAAAGCUGAAACAUCCCAUGUGACCUAAAAUGUGUCAGUGUGACGUAAAACCCACUUAGACAAACAAAACAAAUAUACUUACCAUAACGUCCCAGAUGACCAGGAAUGCCCCAGAAAUGAGGUGACUGCCCCGAGACGCCAUACUCUGUAGAUUUUAAUCCCUGACUGCUGGAAAUCGAAAGUGGUUAUUCUUUCCCUCUUGUAUUAAAUUUCAAUAUAAAAAUCCUUACCCUCGGAAUAGAAUGUUUUAGAUUAAAAUUGGGGCAAAUUAAUAACACAAAUUCAGCAAGUUAUGUGUUAAAGCAUAUAUAACUUUACUGAUCUUCAACCACUUGCACCAUCUCAAACUUUGUAUUCAUGCUCCUCAAAAUAUAUUCCUGUAAUCAGUAUUGAACAGUUCACUGUUAAAUAACCUGUAAUCAUGUUAUAUGUUUAAUAAUUAUAACAAAAAACUGCUUCUUAAUUAACCAGAACAAUAGUUACUUUAUGUGUAUGUUUUGUUGUGAUUUGAAAAUAUCUAAAUUUAUAUAAAACUUGUGUUUUUUUCUUAAAGAAUCUCAUGUUAAGAUUUAUCAGCUUGACUAAACAGACUAUAGAGAAUACAGAAACUUGUACAGUCCUUGUUUGAAUAAAUUGUAUGACUAAAAACAAGGUUCAAGGUCAAUCAGAUUAAUUCUGUAAACCAGAGGUUGCUGGUUCGGUCCUCAGAGAAGGUAUGAUUUCACUACUACAGUAACUACAAUUGAUCAUUGAGUCUAAUAGUCAUUUUUCAUGUGCAGUUAGAAGUCUGUCAUUUAAGGAGAGAUUAGUAAUUACUGUUUAGUUAUCCACAAAAGGAGAAAUUGGUAAUUACUGGUUAGUUAUCUAGAAAAGGAGUGAUUGAUAAUAACUGGAAGGAGAGAUUGGUAAUUGCUGGUUAGUUAUCCAGAAAAGGAGAGAUUGGUAAUUACUGGUUAGUUAUCCAGAAAAGGAGAGAUUGGUAAUUACUGUUUAGUUAUCUUGAAAAAGUGAUUGGUAUUUACUGGUGAGUUAUCAAGAUAAGAAGAUAUUGGUAAUUACUGGUAAGUUAUCCAGAAAAGGAGAUAUUGGUAACUACUGGUUAGUUAUCCAGAAAAGGAAAGAUUGGUAAUUACUGGUUAGUCAUGCAGAAAAGGAGAGAUUGAUAAUUACUGUUAAGUUAUCCAGAAAAAGAGAUUGGUAUUUACUGGUUAGUUAUCCAGAAAAGGUGAGAGUGGUAAUUACUGGUUAGUUAUCCAGAUAAGGAGGUUAUCCAGAAAAGGAUAGAUUGAUAAUUACUGUUAAGUUAUCCAGAAAAAGAGAUUGGUAUUUACUGGUUAGUUAUCCAGCAAAGGUGAGAUUGGUAAUUACUGGUUACAUACAGAAAAGCCGGUUAGCUGCACAGACUGGUGUGGUAUAACAAAAAAUGUAUCAUAAUUUUUGUGUCGCCUUGAAAAGGUGACAUAUAGGGGUUACUUUUGUCGGCGGCGUCUGUGUCGGCGUCGUUGUCGGCGUCGUCGUCGGCGUCCCCUAAAGCUUGUCCGGAGCAUAACUCAGUCACUAUAAGUCUGAUUGACUUCAAACUUGGUAUGCAUGCUUCCUUCAAUAACCCGAAGUGCAGUGCACAAGGACCGGUACUCUGCAGUUCUUAUUUUUUGAGUUAUUGCCCUUUGUUAAUUUUCACACUUUAAUUUUGUCCGGGCCAUUUCUCUUCAACUAAAAAAGCUAUGGACUUGAAACUUCAUAGGAUGAUAGAUCUCAUUAAGAAGAAGUGCAGUGCAUAAGAACCGGUACUCUGCACUUCCUAAUUUUUGAGUUAUUGCCCUUUGUUAAUUUUCAUACUUUAUUUUUGUCCAGGCCAUUUCUCCUAAUGUAUAAAAGCCAUGGACUUGAAACUUCAUAGGAUGAUAGGUCUCAUUAAGAAGAAGUGCAGUGAACAAGAACAGGUACUCUGCAUUUCUUAUUUUUUGAGUUAUUGCCCUUUGUUUAUUUUCAUACUUUAAUUUUGUCCGGGCCAUUUCUCCUUAAGUAUAACAGCUAUGGACUUGAAACUUCAUAGGAUGAUAGAUCUCAUUAAGAAGAAGUGCAGUGCACAAGAACAGGUACUCUGCAUUUCUUAUCUUUUGAGUUAUGGUCCUUUGUUAAUUUUCAUACUUAAUUUUUGUCCAGGCCAUUUCUCUUCAACUAAAAAAGCUAUGGACUUGAAACUUCAUAGGAUGAUAGAUCUCAUUAAGAAAAGUGCAGUGCAUAAGAACCGGUACUCUGCACUUCCUAAUUUUUGAGUUAUUGCCCUUUGUUAAUUUUCAUACUUUAUUUUUGUCCAGGCCAUUUCUCCUAAUGUAUAAAAGCCAUGGACUUGAAACUUCAUAGGAUGAUAGGUCUCAUUAAGAAGAAGUGCAGUGAACAAGAACAGGUACUCUGCAUUUCUUAUUUUUUGAGUUAUUGCCCUUUGUUUAUUUUCAUACUUUAAUUUUGUCCGGGCCAUUUCUCCUUAAGUAUAACAGCUAUGGACUUGAAACUUCAUAGGAUGAUAGAUCUCAUUAAGAAGAAGUGCAGUGCACAAGAACUGGUACUCUGCAUUUCUUAUUUUUUGAGUUAUGGUCCUUUGUUAAUUUUCAUACUUAAUUUUUGUCCAGGCCAUUUCUCUUCAACUAAAAAAGCUAUGGACUUGAAACUUCAUAGGAUGAUAGAUCUCAUUAAGAAGAAGUGCAGUGCAUAAGAACCGGUACUCUGCACUUCCUAAUUUUUGAGUUAUUGCCCUUUGUUAAUUUUCAUACUUUAUUUUUGUCCAGGCCAUUUCUCCUAAUGUAUAAAAGCCAUGGACUUGAAACUUCAUAGGAUGAUAGGUCUCAUUAAGAAGAAGUGCAGUGAACAAGAACAGGUACUCUGUAUUUCUUAUUUUUUGAGUUAUUGCCCUUUGUUUAUUUUCAUACUUUAAUUUUGUCCGGGCCAUUUCUCUUUAAGUAUAACAGCUAUGGACUUGAAACUUCAUAGGAUGAUAGAUCUCAUUAAGAAGAAGUGCAGUGCACAAGAACCGGUACUCUGCAUUUCUUAUUUUUUGAGUUAUGGUCCUUUGUUAAUUUUCAUACUUAAUUUUUGUCCAGGCCAUUUCUCCGAAAGUAUAAAAGUUAUGGACUUGAAACUUCAUAGGAUGAUAGAUCUCAUUAAGAAAAAGUGCAGUGCAUAAGAACUGAUUCUCUGCAUUUCUUAUUUUUUGAGUUAUUGCCCUUUGUUGAUUUUCUUACUUUAUUUUUGUCCUGGUCAUUUCUCCUCAAGUAUGAAAGCUAUGGACUUGAAACAUCAUAGAAUGAUAGAUCUUAUUGAUAAGAAGUGCAGUGCACAGAAACUGCUGCUCUGCACUUAUUAUUUUUUUAGUUAUUGCCCUUUGUUAUUUUUCAUACUUCAUUUUUGUCCGGGCCAUUUCUCCUAAACUACAUUGUUCACAAGGCGACACAUCCGACUCGCGGAGUUCUAGUUUAAAUUAAUGAUAUACAUGUAGUACAUGAUUAAUCCAUCUUGAAUAGAACAUUCUAAUUCUGAAGUGAAUUAAAUGUUAGAAGUUAUUCAUACCAGUAUAGAGUGACGUCAACAAUGAGGGUAUAUACGGAACUAAUUGAAAUUGCUACGCCUAUGGUGUUUAGAUUAUUCUUUUUUCUGAGAUCUGUUGUGUUUAAAGUUAGUUUGUUAGAUUUUUUGACUACCUCACAAACAUGUUUCUUAAAUGUUAGAUAAGGUGAAUUUGUUUUUAGAAAAAAGAUGUGUAUGUUUCUGUUUUGAUUUCAAGUUCAACCAGUUUGUAGUUUAUAGAAAUUUUAUUAAAACAGCUUGAUUGUAUAGUCAUCAA